UUAUAGGAAUAUCUGAAGCAUAUUUUGGCCAAGUAUUGAGUUUUCAAGCUGUAUAGAUAGAGAGCAUAUAAAAUGUUGUCAAAUAAUGUGCCGAAAAACUGUUUCCGGUUGGCCAAAAGACAACUUAGUGUGUCACGUGUUGCAAAACAAGUUGUUGGUGGUGUUAAAAUGCCUGAUACAGAUUUUACUCCAGAAAAAUAUGAAGGUAUGUCUUACGAAAGAGCCAGAGAGAUCCGUCAAAAGCAUUUGGUCCCAGGGUUAUUGACGUAUUAUAAAACCCCAAUAUUUGUGCAUCAGGGACACAAGCAGUGGUUAUUUGACACUGAUGGGAAACGAUAUCUGGAUAUGUUUGCUGGGAUUGUCACAUGUGGAGUUGGGCACUGUCACCCAAAAGUUGAAGAGGCAACGUUUAAGCAAAUGCGAAAGUUGUGGCACACAACCAAUAUUUAUAUGCAUCCCACUAUUCACGAAUAUGCAGAAAAGCUGGUUUCAAAAAUGCCUGGUGAUUUGAAGGUUUGCUAUUUUGUAAACAGUGGUAGCGAAGCGAACGAUCUUGCAAUGAUGUUAGCCAGAGCACACACUGGAAAUUGGGAUAUUAUUAACCACAGAAAUUCCUACCACGGUGCUACUCCUGGUGUCCUGGGUUUAUUAGCACAGCAGAAUUGGAAGUUUAACACCCCACUUGGCUUUGGAAAUCAUGCUAUGUCAAAUCCUGAUGUUUAUCGUGGACCAUGGGGAGGAAAGAAUUGCAAAGAAUCGCCAGUGCAGACAGAUAGGCCUUGUGACUGUCAACCAGGUCAUUGUUCAGCUUCUGAUGCAUAUCUUAGUCAGCUUCAAGAAGUACUUGACUAUAAUUGUCCAAACAAAAUUGCUGGAUACUUUGCAGAACCACUUCAGGGCGUUGGUGGAACUGUGCAGUACCCGAAGGAUUUCAUGCCAAAGGCGUACGAAAAGAUCAGAGAACAUGGUGGACUUUGUAUAUCAGACGAGGUUCAAACAGGUUUUGGUCGUCUUGGUAGUCACUUUUGGGGAUUCGAAUGGAUGGGUGUCAUGCCUGACAUAGUAACAUGUGCUAAAAGUAUUGCUAAUGGGUUUCCUAUGGCUGCCGUAAUUACGACACCGAAAAUCGCCGAAACAAUGAAGCAAGCGAUCACGUUUAACACGUAUGGCGGAAAUCCUAUGUCGUGUGCUGCAGCCAGUGCUGUGCUGGAUGUCAUUGAUGAGGAAAAUUUGCAACAAAAUUGUGCAGAUGUCGGUACCUACUACUUGGAGAGUCUUGCAAAGCUGCGUGGCGAAUUCGAAGUUGUCGGAGAUGUAAGAGGCAAAGGCCUGAUGAUUGGUGUAGAGUUGGUCACGGACAAGGCUUCAAAGAAACCAUUACCAGCAGCAGAGGUGCUCGAUAUUUGGGAGCGUACGAAAGAUUAUGGUGUUUUGUUUGGAAAAGGUGGAAGAUUCGGGAAUGUACUCCGAAUCAAGCCUCCCAUGUGUAUCACCAAACAAGAUACUGAUUACGCUGUCGCUGUGCUGAGAGAAUCUUUACGCGAAUAUGCCGACGCAAAAUAAAAACGAAAUUAUAUUUUUUAAUAACGUUCUUAAAGUUUUAUAAACAAAAAAUGUGCGCGAAUGUACGCGCAAAAGGAACAUACUCAAUUCCUACUGCGUUCAAAUUAAUACGCGUGGAACUACGUUAAGGUUAGUUGCGCGGAAAUUAAAGCGCGCGAUACUACUGCGUGGCGUUCAGCGCGAAAAUUAAAGUGCGCGAGAAUUGAUACAACUAAGUUAGCGAGUAUAUGUGUGUUUUUUACUUGUGUCGAUUGCUUUGAAAAAUUUUUUUUAUGUAGGCUAGGGUCUUUAAAUUAUAAAAUUAUAUGUUGUUUUUUUUUAACGAAGAAAAAUGGUAACAUUUUGUAAUAUAAUCUUUAAAAUCUUAAAAAUAUAGUAGAUUGUAAUGUCUU